UUGUUCUCUAUUCCUUGCUGCCACCUUUGCACGGCAAAACUUUGCACUCGCAGGGUGCUGGCGUGGCAACGCUUUCAAUGGUCGUUUACCAACUUUGCCACAUAACGGCCAUUAUUCGGAGUGGACGAAGGCCUCCCAGAAUGGCAGCCUCACUCGACAGCUGCCCAGGAAAUGAAAGCAGCAUUGUUUCAGCUAUAAAUGCUACAUUCGUCGACACUCACAGAGAGCUCGAAGAAUCAUUUGUCCUCUUUCGUAUGUCCUACCUGUGGACUAGCUUUUUUGCUAUAUUUGCUACGGUUAUAAUUGGCGUUGCCGUGAGUGCUGCCACAGGCGAAAUGAAGAAUGCAAAAUGGCAAUAUCAUCUUUCUUGUGGCGGGGCUGUCGCGUUUUGGAGAAAACUGAUGGCACAUUGUCGGGAAGAGAAAGUUCAGGAAGCGAUUAUACCGAACACAAAUGGAGAGCAGCACAGCCAGAAACAAGAAAUUGAAAAGCUCGUCCCAUACACAAAAGAGACAAAUAUUUAGACGCCGCCACACAGCACGCUAUGUCUGCUGUUAGUUGCUCAGUCUUUUACCAGUCUCAAAUAGUCUCAAGGAUUUUGUUUAUAGUUAUUAGUUCAGUCAAUUUGUGCUUUUGUGUAGUUUCAAGAAACAGUCUCAUUCGUAGCUAGUGUCGUUAAUUCAUACACCAAAAAACUAAGUCAGCUCAAGUCUGUAAUGCGAAAACACAGGCUGAGUGGACAUUGUAGUCAUCAGACUAAAGGCGGUUUUGCACCGCUUUUCGACAUAACCCACGUAGAUUGUAGUUGCACUAUUUUUUUAUUGCGAUAAACACUUGCCCUUAAGGCAUAAUUCUUGGUGCGUAUAUGUGUAUUAUAUGUGUGCUGUGAGGCCUGUAUUUUGUAUGAAUUGAAGCAGUGUUUUGUGGAAACUGUUGUCAUGUAUCCAGCGGUCAUAGCUGGUUGUCACACUCUAGCGGAGGCCGGCUUGCAGUAGGAGACGCAAGCGUUCCGAUUUUAAACCAGUACAUGUCCAUAUUAGGUGGUAUGCAUCUGCUUCCAUCACAGGAACGGAGCAGUAUGGACACGUAGCACCCAGUGGUAAAUACCACCAGUUCCACCUUGA